CAAUGUGGAGGUCAGCAGGGCACAGUACAAUGUGGAGGACAGCAGGGCACAGUACAAUGUGGAGAUCAUCAGGGCACAGUACAAUGUGGAGGUCAAAAGGGCACAGUACAAUGUGGAGGUCAUCAGGGCACAGUAGAAUGUGGAGGUGAUCAGGGCAGAGUACAAUGUGGAAAUCAUCAGGGCACAGUACAAUGUGGAGGUCAGCAGGGCACAUUACAAUGUGGAGGUCAUCAGGGCACAGUACAGUGUGGAGAUCAUCAGGGCACAGUACAAUGUGGAGGUCAUCAAGGCACAGUACAAUGUGGAGAUCAU